CAUGAAGGCUAUCAUAUACUCCUACUUCCUUCGCUUUCACGGCUCACCCAGGUGCAGGCAGUAUGCUCAUUUGGGGGCGCCUUCUACUGACCCCACCAUCUUACAGCCUGUUGUGUUUGACUCUCAUUCACCCAUUAACUUCGUAUUUUCACAAACCUCGACUCGCCGUUGAUUUCCGAAUUUCUAUGAGCCCACUCAUUCAAGACCUUAAGACCAUCAGGCGCUUUGCUGCCCCUGUAGCCCUCACUGUCGUUGUAGCCUCGACCGUCCCAAGUCUUGCAGCACUUCCUCGUACGUUCCUCACAGAUUGAUCAAUCAAAAUGAAGUCACAAUAGGUGGUUCCGUUCCUUUCGUACGAUCUCUUGUGAACAUGCCUGUCUGU